UUGUUGUUCCCCUGUCCCUGAGGCCCGCGUCUCUGCUUCGUCUCACCACCCACCACCACCUCGCCGGGACCCCUCGCCGGAGCCAGCGAGCCUCCGGCGAAGAACUCCGGCGGGCACACCACAAGGGGGCGGAGCGGGGCGACGUGGGCGAGCGCCGGAAUGGGGGCCAGCGGCCGGGGGCGGGCCGUCGUCGUCGUCGUCGUCGCCGCUGGUGUCGCGUCGCUCUAGGGUUAGGUAGGUGUUCGUAGCUUUCUCCUUCCCUCGCCCCCGCGGGCGGGGCUCCGCAGCCCAGGCAUCGCAUUGGGGUCCCCGGCCGCCCGUCGGGCCGCGUGAUCCACCCGUGCUUGAGCUCGGAGAGGGGCCCGGCUGCGGGGCAUGGGGGCAUCUCUUCCGCUUGCUGCCGCCGCUUGCGAAUUAGGCCCCAGCUUUUCGCUCUGAGGAAGAGGAGGUGGCCGCAGGCGCCGAUCUGGAUGCCAUCUCAAAUUAUGGAUCAGAGGCGCCACCUCUCCCAGUUCAGCAAUCCCACCAUGGCUGCGUCCUCCUUCUCUGAGGAGCUUCGCCUUCCAACAGAGAGGCAGGUCGGAUUUUGGAAGCCAGAGUCAUUGCCUCAUCACAUUGGAAGCAAGUCAGUAGCAUCAUCUCCAAUUGAAAAGCCCCAACCUAUUGGGACAAAAACUGUGGGUCGAGUAGAUCUACAAGCAUAUAAGCUGAGGGAACAGAAGGCUGCAUUUAGCCUUGAGCACAAGAUUUUUGGUCAAGAGAGACAUGUUAACUUGCCACCAUCUCUGUGGAGAGCUGAUCAAGACCCUAACCGCCAAUCUGAUUCAUCUUUAUUUCUUGAUGGAAGGAGGACUAAUCCAAAUGAGGCAUACAACGAGAAUGGGCUUUUCUCAAGCUCUCUAUCUGAAAUUUUUGAUAAAAAACUGAGACUGGGAUCCAAGAAUGUCCUUGUACGCCAGCCUGUUGAAAAGGUUGAUCCAACUCAUGUUGAUGAUGAGCCCUUUGAAUUAACAGAGGAAAUUGAGGCCCAAAUAAUAGGAAACAUACUUCCUGAUGACGAUGACCUGCUAUCAGGUGUUAUUGAUGAAGUUGGGUACACAGCCCAUGCUAACAAUGGUGAUGAUGUUGAUGAUGAUAUAUUCUACACUGGCGGCGGGAUGGAACUGGAAAUCGAUGAAAAUAAAAAAAUUACGGAGCCUAAUGGUGGAGCUAUUGAGGGUCUUGGGUUGCUAAAUUGCACAUUGAAUGGUGAACAUCCUUAUGGGGAACACCCUUCCAGAACUCUUUUUGUCCGGAACAUUAAUAGCAAUGUUGAGGAUUCUGAAUUGAAGCUCCUAUUUGAGCGUUACGGAGACAUCAAUAAUCUUUACACUGCCUGUAAACAUCGCGGUUUUGUGAUGAUAUCUUACUAUGACAUAAGGUCAGCACGAAAUGCCAUGAGGGCACUUCAGAACAAGCCACUCAGGCGUAGAAAACUUGACAUACAUUACUCCAUUCCGAAGGACAAUCCUUCGGAGAAGGAUAUUAACCAGGGAAUGCUUGUAGUAUUUAAUGUUGACCCAUCUGUAACAAUUGAUGAUAUCCACCAGAUAUUUAGCGACUAUGGUGAAAUCAAGGAGAUUCGCGAUGCUCCGCAAAAGGGUCAUCACAAAAUUAUAGAAUUUUACGAUGUCAGAGCAGCCGAAGCUGCUGUUCGUGCUCUAAACAGGAGCGAUCUUGCUGGCAAGAAAAUAAAAUUGGAGACCAGCCGUCUGGGUGGUACUAGACGCUUAAUGCAGCACACGUCUCCAGAGCUUGGGCAGGAAGAAUUUGGUGUAUGCAAACUGGGCAGUCCAAGCACAAAUAGCCCUCCAAUGCCUUCAUUAGCAAUGACAUCUUCUGGCCGUGAAAAUGGUAGUAUUCAUGGUUUGCAUUCUGGACUUCUCACAUCCAUGAGCCCAUUCAGAGAGGCAUCUUUUCCGGGCCUAUCCUCUACCAUUCCACAGAGCCUGUCCUCUCCCAUUGGAAUUUCAUCUGCUGCUACUCAUAGUAACCAGGCUUCCCUGGCUGAGCUCAGCCACUCACUUGGUCGGAUGAAUGGGCAGAUGAAUUAUGGUUUUCAAGGCAUGGGUGCUCUACAUCCCCAUUCCCUGCCUGAAGUUCACAAUGGAGCAACUAAUGGCGUCCCUUACAAUAUAAACACCAUGGCACCAGGUGGUAUCAAUAGCAACUCGAGAACAGCUGAAGCAGUGGACAGCAGACAUCUUCAUAAAGUGGGUUCUGGCAACCUCAAUGGUCAUUCGUUUGAUCGUGCUGGUGAAGGAGCUCUAGGAUUUUCAAGAAGUGGAAGUGGUCCUCUCCGUGGUCACCAGUUAAUGUGGAAUAAUUCAAAUAACUUCCACCGUCAUCCAAACUCUCCUGUGCUGUGGCAAAAUCCAGGAUCAUAUGUAAACAACGUUCCAUCUCGCCCCCCUGCACAAAUGCAUGGAGUUCCAAGAGCACCAUCGCACAUGCUUGAGAGUGUUGUUCCCAUGCAUCAUCACCAUGUGGGCUCUGCGCCAGCAAUCAAUCCAUCACUAUGGGACAGGCGGCAUGGCUAUGCAGGGGAAUUGACAGAGGCAUCAAGCUUUCAUCCUGGCAGUGUUGGGAGCAUGGGAUUUCCUGGUAGUCCUCAGCUUCAUGGUCUGGAGCUAAAUAGCAUAUUUUCUCACACUGCUGGAAAUCGCAUGGAUCCAACUGUGUCUCCAGCUCAGAUUGGUGCACCAUCUCCUCAGCAGAGGGGUCCUAUGUUCCAUGGAAGGAACCCUAUGGUUCCCCUUCCGUCAUUUGAUUCACCUGGUGAGCGGAUGAGAAGCCGGAGAAAUGACUCAGGUGCUAAUCAGUCUGAUAAUAAACGGCAGUACGAGCUUGAUGUUGACCGCAUUAUGCGGGGGGAAGACUCACGAACAACACUGAUGAUAAAGAAUAUCCCAAAUAAGUACACCUCAAAGAUGCUCUUGGCUGCUAUUGAUGAAAGUCAUAAGGGAACUUACGAUUUUAUUUACUUGCCGAUUGAUUUUAAGAAUAAAUGUAACGUUGGCUAUGCUUUCAUCAACAUGACCAAUCCUCAGCAUAUCAUUCCGUUUUAUCAGACUUUUAAUGGCAAAAAGUGGGAAAAAUUUAACAGUGAGAAGGUGGCAUCACUCGCUUAUGCCAGAAUCCAAGGGAAAACAGCCUUGAUUGCUCAUUUCCAGAACUCUAGUUUGAUGAAUGAGGACAAGCGCUGCCGCCCCAUACUCUUCCACUCUGAUGGUCCUAAUGCAGGAGAUCAGGAACCAUUCCCUAUGGGUACAAAUAUCCGUGCCAGGUCUGGGAGAUCCCGAACUUCCUCUGGUGAAGAAAAUAACCAUGAUGUCCAGACAGCCUUGACCAAUGGUGACACUUCUUCCAAUGGAGUUGACAGUUCAGGCCCCAGCAAGGAUGCUGAGUAACUGAGCCACAGCUUGCUGGAUCGCUAACCAAAAUGGCCCCAAGCUAUAACUUUUUGCAACCUGAAUUUGAGUUACUAGUUUUUGCCCCUUUUCCAUUUUGGUUUUGGUUGGUACAUCCCUGAUCUGUAUUUAUUAACUUCCAUGAUGUGGGGUCACCGAAGACUUAGAUUGCUGCAAAAAUUUUGUCUCUGGUGGGAAGCUAUAUGCAAGAGGGUGCUACUGGUUUCCCCAGAAGCUGUUAACCUGAAGGCCGAGGAAGGUGAAAGGCGCAGGGAGAGCCUCCAGAUUUUGGUCGCUGUAAGAAUUAACCCCAUGUUGUACAGCAGGUCCCAGUAACUUGUGCUGAGGGGAGAGCGGAGACGACAUUCUCAUCAAUUUUUAGUGGUGGUGUGUGUGUGGAGAGGAAGAGUCUUGCCUGCAUUUUCUUUUGGAACCUUCUCUUGUGCCUUCACCUGUGUUGCAUUUCGAGUCGAGGGCUCCUCUUAAGUUGUGUGCAGAGGAGCUCGAUUUUGUUAACCGGAACAGACGCCUGUGCGUCUGGGUUGACCCCUGUCUCUUUGGCUUCACGGCACUGUCACCGUAUUUAUCAACCUUAUGUACAUCUACAUCUAUAUAGUAUGAGUUUUUCUGUCAUCUA